AUGGAUCCAAACAACCCCAAAGACGCCAAACCAGUGCCCUUUCCUCCAGCUCCGGCUUCCUGUCCUGAGGGCCAGUGGUCUACUGACCUCUUUGAUUGUUGGGAUGAUGGCUCUACUUGUUGCUUGACUUGUGUUUGUCCAUGCAUAGCAAUGGGGAGGAUGGUAGAGAUAAUUGACAGAGGAACUACAACCCGUUGUGUUGCUUGUGCCCUCUACUAUGCUCUUAGCUCUGUCGGCUGCGGAUGGCUCUAUGCGUGCACGUACCGAUCAAAAUUACGUGGGCUUUUUAAGCUACCAGAAGCUCCGUGUGUUGAUGGUUUGGUUCAUGGUUCCUGCUGCUUGUGUGCUAUUUCUCAAGAGUACAGAGAACUCAAAAAUCGCGGGGUUGAUCCAUCAAUCGGUUGGGAAGCCAACGUUGAGAAAUGGAAACGGGAAGGAGUUACCUCGCCACCCAUUGCUGCUGCACCAGGCAUGGCUCGUUAG